AUGGCCGCUGACACUAUAAGAGGCGACGGGCUCUUCCUGGCCCAUCGUGCUCUCGCAGCACUCGCCGAGGACCCAGAGCAGUUUGAUCAAGACAGAGAACGACGGUUUAGCGAGUCUCCGCCCUCAUACCGGUCAAGUUCGGGCACCACAACGCAGCCGGAAAGUCCAGUGCUUGUGAACGAGGCACUGGAUAACUACAACGCGCGCAUAGACAAACUCUAUGAAGACUGGCAGGCGUCAUCGCCCGUCAACCAGUUUGAUGCGCAGAGGCGCGAGGAGGCGCAGCGCAUAGAGCAGGCACGCCAGCCCGUUGGGGUCGGCAACAGCCCAGAUGGUCUGGCAGCGGACAGGGUGAGGGAGCGCUGGAUCGAGCAAGGCAUCUGGGACCACAAGUGGUAUGAGGCCAACAUCGAGCGAUUUGGCGACAGGGUUCAGAAUGUGCCCCUGAUGGGUGCACGGUGGAUGCAUGAAGUAUUGCUCAACGAUGACUCGGAUACCGACGACUGCUCGACCAGCGAAUUCCAGUUUUGCGCCAAGAGGAAGCGACAAAAGACGGACGAGGAAACGCGACAGAGUACUCAGCGGCGCGCCGAGGGACUGCGUCGCCGCGAGCUUUCACGCCCCAUUCACCAGCUCAACUACCAGGUGUCUCAAGAGCGUGAUCGGCUACUGGAAGAGAGAUCACAUGAAACGGGACAUGAUACUGUCGGGAAGUUCCCCCCAGACAUCAACACACAAGCGUAUUCAUUAGUCAGACAAAUGGAUCAGCGCAGGAUUGUGGAUCGAUGA